CGUGAGAGGUAGAGACCAUUCUACGCAAUGGGGGGAUUGGGAUGGAAGAGACCAUCAAACAAGAGGGGUGGUAAUUGGGCGAGACUACUAUACACAAUAGGAGGGGGGAGUCUGGCGAAGAGAGAGAUCGCCUUCUAUGAUGAGAUUACUGGUUCUGUGGAUGAAGGGAAAGCAGUGGAUGUAUUGUUUCUUGACUUUAGCAAAGUUUUUGACACGGUCUCCCACAGUAUUCUUGUCAGCAAGUUAAAGAAGUAUGGGCUGGAUGAAUGCACUAUAAGGGAAUGGUUGGCCUGGUUACCGGUGGGGCCUCUGGCCUGGGUCGCGCCACUGCCGAGCGCCUGGUGCAGCAGGGAGCCAGCGCGGUGAUCGUGGACCUGCCGACGUCGGAUGGGCCAAGUGUGGCCAAAGUGCUGGGGGAACAAUGCGUCUUUGCUCCAGCUGAUGUGACGUCAGAGGCGGAUGUAAAGGGGGUCCUGGACCUGGUGCGGGAGAAGUUUGGGCGCUUGGAUUUGGCCGUGAACUGUGCUGGAAUUGCUGUGGCUGUCAAGACCUACAACGCCAAGAAGGACACGCCCCACAACCUGGAGGAUUUCCAGAGGGUCCUCAACGUCAAUGUUGCUGGCACCUUUAACGUGAUCCGACUGAGUGCUGGUGAGAUGGGCAAGAAUGCCCCUGACUCCGAUGGGCACAGAGGAGUGAUUGUCAACACAGCCAGCGUGGCUGCUUUCGAGGGCCAGGUGGGUCAAGCUGCGUACUCUGCCUCUAAAGGGGGCAUCGUGGGCAUGACCCUGCCCAUCGCCAGGGAUCUGGCCCCAAUGGGGAUCCGUGUCAUCACCAUCGCCCCAGGUCUGUUCGCCACCCCCCUGCUGGCAGGGCUCCCCGAGAAAGUGCAAACGUUCCUGGCUCGCCAGGUGCCCUUCCCCAGCCGCCUGGGGCUGCCCGGGGAAUACGCCCACCUGGUCCAGUGCAUCGUGGAGAACCCCAUGCUGAAUGGGGAGGUGAUCCGCCUGGAUGGGGCCAUCCGCCUGCAGCCCUGAGCCGCUGCCCCACGCCUCAGGGGGGUGCUGAUUUCCCCCUCCCCUGGCUGCCCCUGAAAGGGGGUGGGGUUGAUUCCCCCCCUUCUGUGGCUCCGCCCUCUCUGGACUCUAAUCAUGGACUCCUGCAGUGAUUCGUCCCCCCGCACAAUGAGGACGGGGGGGGGGGGGGGGGGGGUCUGAGCUGUUCUGACUCCUGCCCCUGGUCGGCGUCUGGGCCUUAAUAAACGAUUGUCUCAAUGUG